CGUCAAAAAAAUCUUGUCUGUCAUGUCACCACAGGCUGUCAGUUUAUGCCCGUACUAAAUAAAAAAUAAUUAGGCUGCAACACGCUGCCAUGCACAAAAUCAAGACUUUAAGAUCUUGAAAUGCAGUGAUCAUCAAAUCAAAAAAUCACCAUUUUAUUUUCAUUUCUAAAUCGCAACAAUCUUUUGGAGACCAAAAUUUUUAUUCGGCACAGUACGGGCAGAAAUUCGGACAGCAAACAUUCUGAACUGUCUCGAUCUAGAAACUAGGCCUUUAAUCUUCCUAAGAUCGGUCUGGUGGUGACGAUGACAGAGAAUUCAGGCACAACAGCUAUGGAGGACCUCACCGUGUUAUCAUUUCGAAAACCAGAGGAGAUGAAGCGGCUUUUCAAACACUUCCGAAACGUCGUUAAUCAUCCUCUCACACGAAAGAAUAAAGUCCUGCAUAGCUAUCUAAACAACUUGGCCGCAACGCACAAAAAGAUAUACCUACAAAAUCGUGAUAACGUUGAGGUUGAGUAUAUUUUUACAACGGAGAAGAAGAGUAACCUGCAAAGGCAGAGAUUUAACAGUCUUCCAGUUAGUGAAGUACCUGAGUUGUUAAAGGCGGAACUGCUUUUCACGUCUGAGAAUGCGAAACAAGUACAUAUAUGCACUGAUUGUAGUAUAGAAAUUGAGCUGAACGAUGAGGAACCGCUGAUGGAAUCACUUUCGAAGCAUUUUAACUCGGCUGCCCACUUGCCCAAGCUGAAACGAGAGAGUAUUGACGUCGCCGAACCGAUUAUCUUGCCGAACUUGUCUAGAAGAUUGUCAGCUAUGGGUGAAACAUUGCCGAAGAUCAAGGAAUUGUCGAUCACGAAACCAGUUGAGAAAUUAGAACGGAAUUUCUCGUCUCGCCUCAGUUCGGCGUUAAUGAAACAUUUGCCUGACGCCUCCGAGGCGAGCGUCGAUGCCGGUCUCAAAUUCUACCAAGAAAUCUUCGAUAAACUAUCCGCUGACGUUUCGGCUAUCGACUUUUCGGCUCAAACGAGUUCCGUAGCUCCGAUCAUCAUGAGUAUUAAGGACAAUGUUUAUCAAAAUUUCGCGGCAGAUGCUAACAAGAAUAUAGAUAACGACGAAAAUGAGCAGACAGCUGAAAAGCCUAAGAGUCAAGUGAAAAAGUACCGUUACUACGGGCCGAUAGAGGCCUUGAUAGUCAAACUCCUCGUUAACCAUAAGCUUCUCUCGUUGAUUGACGAUAGAACUGGGAAGUUGGCUUUCUUCUGUAUUGCCUGUGAAUACUACACCCUAAGAUUCCACUACGACAGUGUACUUAACCACGUGUUCAGUGAGUCGCACGUCCACAACUUGUCUUGCAUUCUACAGUCGGACAAAAGCGUCCCGUUUUCAAUGAGAGAACCGUCCACAGAGAAAAUUAAGGAGAUGAAUGAAAAGUUCCUUUUGAGUCACGAUAUUAGUUUCAAUGGGAACGGACUGUAUUGCCGUCUGUGCAAUACUUCCAUAGAUUCUUUAGAAGCGUCUAUUUUACACAUUCUUGAUGAGAAGCAUCUUGCUAGAUUGUCUGAUGAACUUUACAUUCGGAUGAAGGAGAGCGACCCUGAGCGGUCGAUCCCCGAGGAAUGGGGACCGAAAGAUCUUAACUGGUCAAAGUAUUUGGCGAGUGUAGGGAAGCCUCCAAACAGCAGGGACCAUGUUAUUAUAGAAAACUUUAUCAAGCCUUCGGGCAAGAUUGGGAACUUCUGCACCUGCUGUGACAUGACAUUGAAAGGUCCAAGACAGGUCCUCUUCAAUCACAUCCGUCAGAAGAAGCAUCUGCGGAACGCUGCCCCUCGAAAGCUGUCCAUGCUUUAUAAGAACCACUGCCGACCCUCUGAAUACUUUGCCAGUUUCGGUAACUACUAUAUCUGCACCAUAUGCCCUGACUACGUCGCGGUCCCUUCCAUCUCCGCGAUGGUCGAGCACUUUGAAAGCGCCUCCCACUUCGAGACCAUCUCAAAAUUGAUCCGCUCAGCCCUAUACAACGACAUCGACAAAGAUCUGCUUUCAUCGAACAAAGUCAUUGAUUUGAAAUGUCAGGUCUGCGAUUUGACCUUCCAAGAUUAUAAUGAAGCUGUGAAGCAUAUUCUGGGUAGUAUUGAACAUCAGACAGCGGUCGCUGAGGCUAAGAUCAACGCGAACAAAGGUGAUAUUAUAAGUGUGUACAUGAAAGGCAACCAUAUUCUCCAUAGCGAAGGGUCGACUUUCACUUGUGUGGGAUGCAAAGGAGUUUUCAAUUCUAUACGUUCGUUGCUAACUCAUUUGGUGUACGCUGAGCAUUUUCAAGAGAAACCGGCUAUUGAGAGCGUUUUCCGUUUUUAUUUGGAGUUGAAGCAUAAUCUGAAUAUGUUGAUGAGGAAUAAGUAUGUGUACUAUCAGUUUGGUUGUCUGAAGUGCGGUGUGUGUGACGCGGAUGUCGAGGAAGGGGAGACCGCGAAGAGACACGUCGUUUCGGCGCGUCAUCGUGAAAAUAUGGGGGCCAGCUAUAUUUGUCUGGAUGCAUCUGCAGUUGAAUAAGAUAGCGUGUGUAUGCCACAUAUGUACUUGACGAUUGUUUUUGUGAAUCAUGAUAUAAGAGUAAUUCCCAAAUGAGAAAUCAUUAUACAAUAAAAUUUUAAUAAAUGGAUUAAUUUUUUAAUUUUAA